CUUUUCCGUGUUCGCUACAACCAAGGAGCACAUUUUUAAAAUUAUUAUUUGACAAGAACACGGAAAUAGGAUUGGAGAAGACUUUGUUUUGAUUCCUUGUGUGAAGUAAAGAAAGACAUACUGACUGAACUAAGUUGGGUAACGUUACCCAACUCCCAUUUGACUGAAAAUGUCUAAACUACAGUUGUUUCGUGUGUUUUUAAAUGAGCGUUUAACGGCGGCUGCUGUGGAGAUUUUCGGUGCAGUUGAGAAAACGGUAGUGGAGUACCAGGAGGAGAAUGAUCGGCUACGGAGACUGCUGGGGAUCACACCAGAGGUACCACUAUGUAGAAUAGACUCCCUGCAGCUCUCUGUCUCUGAAGAGGAGUUUCCCCCUGAGCAGCAGCACUGUGAGCAGGAGUGGAGCCCCAGUCUGGGACAGAAGGACCCAGAGACCAAACAGAUUAAAGAGGAACAGGAGGAAGUCAGGACCAGUCAGGAGGAAGAGCAGCUUCAAGGUCUGGAGCCUGAUAUCAUAGAGUUCCAAUUUACUCCUUCCUGUGUGAAAAGUGAAUGUGAUCAGGAGGACCCACUUUGGUCCUUGACUCUUCCCCAAACCCAGACUGUGGAGAACAGAGAGAGAGACUCUAAACCAGUGGAUCUCAAACCUUUUGGCACUGUGACCCACCUGAAGGGUUUCGACAUUCCCUGUGACCCUCCAGAUAGUCAAAACAAUGCCUCCAGCCGCAGCUCAGCCAUAAGCAGCGAUACAGUAGGACUUGACUGCAGUCCACCAUUGGAUCCCAGCCCACCAUUGGAUCCCAGCCCACCAUUGGAUCCCAGCCCACCAUUGGAUCCCAGCCCACCAUUGGAUCCCAGUCCACCAUUGGAUCCCAGUCCACCAUUGGAUCCCAGUCCACCAUUGGAUCCCAGUCCACCAUUGGAUCCCAGCUCACCAUUGGAUCCCAGCCCACCAUUGGAUCCCAGCCCAUUAUUGGAUCCCAGCCCAUUAUUGGAUCCCAGCCCACCAUUGGAUCCCAGCCCACCAUUGGAUCCCAGCCCACCAUUGGAUCCCAGCCCAUUAUUGGAUCCCAGCCCACCAUUGGAUCCCAGCCCACCAUUGGAUCCCAGCCCAUUAUUGGAUCACAGCCCAUUAUUGGAUCACAGACCAUUAUUGGAGAAACACUGUUCCAAACUCAGCACCACGUCUAGAACAACUCACCACUGCCGUGACUGUGGUGCAACGUUUCCUCUGAAAGCUGAACUGCAGAGACAUGUGACUCUCACCAGGAAGACACCCAGUGAAUGCCACUUCUGCCAAAAACGCUACAACUCCACCUGUAAACUGAAGGCCCAUGUCCGACACUGCCACGUAGAGAAACUCUGCACCUGUUCCAUUUGUAGCAAGUUCUUUAAACUCAAAAAAGAUCUUUCCAGGCACAUGAGGACUCAUGCAGGAGAGAAAUGUUUUAGCUGUGGUGAUUGUGGGAAAGGCUUCAGUCUCAAGAAGACCCUAACCAGACAUAAACUGAUUCACACAGGAGAGAAACGAUUUAGCUGUGGUGACUGUGGGAAAAGCUUCAGUCAGAAGGGGAACCUAAUUGAACAUAUACGGACUCACACAGGAGAGAAACGAUUUAGCUGUGGUGACUGUGGGAAAAGCUUCAGUCAGAAGGGGAACCUAACCGAACAUAUACGGACUCACACAGGAGAGAAACCAUUUAGUUGUGGAGACUGUGGGAAAAGAUUCAGACACAAGAAGACCCUAAACAAUCAUAUACUGACUCACACAGGAGAGAAACCAUUUAGUUGUGGCGACUGUGGGAAAAGUUUCAGACACAAGAAGACCCUAAACAAUCAUAUACUGACUCACACAGGAGAGAAACCAUUUAGUUGUGGCGACUGUGGGAAAAGUUUCAGACACAAGAAGACUCUAAACAAUCAUAUACUGACUCACACAGGAGAUAAACCAUUUAGUUGUGGUGACUGUGGGAAAAGCUUCAGUCAGAAGGGGGUCCUAGGGAGACACAUACGGACUCACACAGGAGAGAAACCAUUUAGUUGUGGCGACUGUGGGAAAAGUUUCAGUGUGAAGAGUAAUCUGUUUAUGCAUGUUAAAAACAUCCACAAAGCAAGAAAACUAUUGGGGCAUUCACGUGCACAUCCGAAGUGGAAAACUUCCCAAUAAGGAAGUUGCAAUUCAAAUGCUUUAUGAUCUAAAUGUUGACGGUGUGUGUGGAGAGAAACAAAAUGGUUUGAGGCCAUGUGACGGAGAGUGAUGCGGGCCCUGGAGAUGGGAGUGUGCGCAGGUGGGUCUGGGCAGGGGUGAUGUUGUGGAUGUCUGUGCGAUGUUGUCUUUUGAAUGUUUUUUUGUGUGUAAGAAAAAAAAGGAAGGAAGGAAGGAAUUCGCAAGUGUGACAUGCUUGUGUUCGAGUGCUUUUUGAAGUCGGAAUAAUUCUUCGACCAUUAAGAUUUUAGCAAGUUAGAUAAGCUAGCCAAUGUUGCUAACAAUACAUUUAGCUAGCUUGCUUGAAGGUGCAGUCUGGGAUCUUAAAGGGAUACUUCGGGAUUUAGGCUUUUAUGAUUUAGGCCUUUUAGGGUUUUAUUUUACAAAUUGUAUGUCUCUGCAUCCAGUAUGAAGGAAGUUGGAGGUAGUUUUGCGAGCCAAUGCUAAAUAGUGUUAGCACAAUAACUGGAAGUCUAUAGUAUCUACUAGCAUGCUAGCAGUUGCCAUAAACUUACAGUCAUUGCGGUAACACUAGUUAGCAACUUCCUUUAAACUUCAUGCCUAGACAUAAAAAUGGCAUCUAUGAGUUAAUCUGAUUCAGGGGAAGUAGAGAAAGGGCUUCAUUGCCAAAAUCCCUUUAAGCAUUUACAUGUUUUUAAAAAAAUCAGAUUGUACAAAUUCUUUGUAACAUCCUAGAAAUUGCAAACAAUUUGUUUCAUAUCAAACAAAAUGGAUGACGUAGUACACAAUUGUGCACACUUUUCGGGGAUCCCUUUUUGGUUCAUGAGCACUACUUUUAAAACUACUUUCUGAAAAAAUACAAAAGCUCUGGAGCAUCACUUUAACAUUUGCGAAUAUGGUCAAGUUAGCUACAUUAUGUAGCUACAUUAUUCACCUUGACAAGGGUUAAGACAUCAGAGAUUCUGCAUCACAGAGGAACAGUUACCAAAGGCUAGGAAGUGGAAUGGACAAAAGAACAGCACCACGAGGAUCUAAAGAUAACCAAGGUGUUAAGAAACCGAUUUGGCGUCAUCUUUUGAUUGAAAAGUUGAGUAGUCAGUGGGAAGCGUCACAAACUCGGCAACCGGUAACAGUUUCCCACGUGUAAUUACGGAGGGAGGGUCGUUCAAGUGAAUCUUCACAGUCUGAACUCCCAACUCCAAUAAAGCCAACAGCACAUGAAGGCCCAAUUUUGUUCUCGGAAUGGAUAAGAAUUGGGCUGCCCAUGUAAAUAAACACUGCCAAAGUCUGUUGGUGUGUUCAGGUUAUUAUAUGUAUCUCAGUUGGUAGAGCAUGGUGCUUGCAACGCCAGGGUUGUGGGUUCGAAACCGACGGGGGAGCAGUAGGAGACAUUCUGCAUAAGAGCAUCUGCUAAAUGACUCAAAUGUAAACAGGACUUCCUGGUUGUAAGUUUUGUAAAGUCUCUCAGGUGAUGAGGAUGGUAAGAUUGGUGUUAUUGAUACAUUAAAACAUGUUUAUACUUUUAA